CCGUUAUCUAUGCCCAGUGGUAUAAUCAUAAUUUGCUACAUUCGCAGAAGCUCACUGGAACGAUCUCUUUUCGUAACCGUCAAGCGCGGAGGUACGGGCAGGAGCCACACAGAGCCGGUAAAAUGCCGGUCAGCAGAGUGAAUGGCCGCGGCCCUGGGAACGAUGGACUCACGAGCAGCCCUUCAGCAUCACCACUCCUACUGGGCCAGCGUCUCCAUCUCCUCGGCUACUACUCGCAAUCGCACCUGGCUCCUGCCGCUCUCACAACCUUUCUCAGACCCGGCAUUACGACAUGUGCACCUCGGAAAAGUCUGUAUCUCGAGUCAACCUUCAACGACCAGCGGAAUCCGGCAGUGGUGAACCGCGUCCCCGUGGCAGAGGCCACUUACCCUCAUCUGAUGAGUGCAGACGUGCACACUGGAGUUUUGCACCCUCAAUCAUAUGCUUCAAAUUACUGUGAUCGACUAGCCGUCCACCUCUGA